GCGGCGGGCCCUGCAAACAGCAGUGCCGCGACACGGGGGACAAGGUGGUCUGCUCGUGCUUCGUGGGCUACCAACUGCUGGCCGACGGUGUCUCCUGCGAAGAUAUCAAUGAAUGUAUCAUGGGCAGCCACAAUUGCCGGCUUGGAGAAUCCUGCAUCAAUACAGUGGGCUCUUUCCGCUGCCAGCGAGAUAGCAGCUGCGGGACUGGUUAUGAGCUCACAGAGGACAAUAGCUGCAAAGAUAUUGACGAGUGUGAGAGUGGUAUUCAUAACUGCCUCCCCGAUUUUAUCUGUCAGAAUACUCUGGGAUCCUUCCGCUGCAGACCCAAGCUACAGUGCAAGAGUGGCUUUAUACAAGAUGCUCUAGGCAACUGUAUUGAUAUCAAUGAGUGCUUAAGUAUCAGUGCCCCGUGCCCUGUCGGGCAGACAUGCAUCAAUACAGAGGGCUCUUACGCUUGCCAGAAGAAUGUGCCCAACUGUGGCCGUGGCUACCAUCUCAAUGAGGAGGGAACUCGCUGUGUGGAUGUGGAUGAGUGUUCGCCCCCCUCGGAGCCCUGUGGGACGGGACAUCGCUGUGUGAACUCCCCAGGCAGCUUCCGCUGCGAAUGCAAGCCUGGUUACUAUUUCGAUGGCAUCAGCAGGACAUGCGUGGACAUCAAUGAGUGCCAGCGCUACCCUGGGCGCCUGUGUGGCCACAAGUGCGAGAAUACGCCGGGCUCCUACCACUGCAGCUGCUCCGUGGGCUUCCGGCUCUCCGUGGACAGCCGCUCGUGUGAAGAUGUAAAUGAGUGCAGCAGCAGCCCCUGCAGCCAGGAGUGCGCCAACGUCUAUGGCUCCUACCAGUGCUACUGCCGGCGUGGCUACCAGCUCAGUGACGUGGACGGGGUCACCUGCGAAGACAUUGACGAGUGUGCCCUGCCCACCGGGGGCCACAUCUGUUCCUACCGCUGCAUCAACAUCCCUGGAAGCUUCCAGUGCACCUGCCCCUCAUCCGGCUACAGGCUGGCCCCCAACGGCCGCAACUGCCAAGACAUUGACGAGUGUGUGACUGGCAUCCACAACUGCUCCAUCAAUGAGACCUGCUUCAACAUCCAGGGUGGCUUUCGCUGCCUGGCCUUCGAGUGCCCUGAGAACUACCGCCGCUCCGCAGACACGUAAGUCCCUCUGGCCCUGCCAUCGUU